ACGCGGGCACGCACCAUUUUUUUUUGUUUUUAUUUUAAAAGGCAGGCAUAGGGAUGGCGGAUGUGCGGGCAGCGGAAAGGAGGUGGAGAGGAGAUGGCGGGAGGCGUACAGGAGGGCAGAGGUGGAGAGGAGAUGGCGGGAGGAGGCGGACGGGAGGUGGCGGAGGUGGAGAGGAGAUGGCGGCAGGAGGCGGACGGGAGGUGGCAGAGGCGGAGAGGAGAUGGCGGGAGGAGGUAACCGGACGAGGCAGACGGGAGGUGGCGGAGGCGGAGGAAAGGAGAUGGCGGGGGGAGGCUGAUGGAGGUGGGCGGAGAUGGACGGGAGUUGGUCCGAGGUGGGCGCAGGUGGGCGGAGGCCGAGCGGAGGUGGGCGGAGGCCGAACAGAGGUGGGUGGAGGCCGAACGGAGGUGCGCAGAGGCCGAGGUCAGAGGCGAUGGCGCAGGCCCGUUCUUUCAGAAAAGACGAGACUCGACUUUGAACAAGGACAGAUGAUUCAGCUGAUGGAUUGGAGAUGGAUGGAAAGCGGAAGCUUUCCCGAAGAUUCGGUGAACGCCAUACGAUGCUGUGUGCUUCCGUCACUCUGCGAAGGUCUGGUCACUGGUUGCAGCUUAAGGCCUCCUGAAGAUGUUUCCCCGCAACAGCUCGAGAGUCUCUGGUUGGACAGAUAUGGCUUGGAGCUGGAGGAAGGCUAUUUCUAUGUAUAUGUUUCAAUUUUUCACGAUCAUUAUAUGAGCAAUCCAACGGUGUAUCCCUCUUGCUGUGUCCUUACUCAGCCUGGGCUGAUGCCGCUUCCAACUUCAGUCAGGAGCAAGAGAGUCCCGGGCGUCUUGCAGCGUAUAGCAGCUCACAUAGCAGAAUGCCAACUUUUUGGAGCUAUCACUCUUCGCAUUGCGGCGACUCCAGGAACUGCAGAGGGAUCCUGUUGUGAAGAACCAUCAGUUAUGUGGCAUAAAGCCUCGUGGACGUCUGCAAGUACUCUUAUCAAUGACAGCUCUUCUACGGUGUCUACUGGGAGUGACAUGGCUGAUGAUAGCUGCAGUGUUAGCAUGGUGCCAAAUUUAGUCAGGGGUGCACUUCCAAAUAUGAGGCGCAGCAAGCCGCCAUGUUUGUUCCAUACUCGGGAAAAUACAAAACCAUGCGUGGAGCAGUCCGAGUACCCAGACAUAGAUCCUUCGGCCGCAGAUGUCACUUCAACAGAAUCAGCAAAGGUCAAUCCUGCCGAGCAUGACACCGCAGGUUCGGAAGCACCGCCUCCUGCCCGUCUGCUUAUAGCUCCCAAGUUCGGCAUCAGAAAGAACGCACAAGGGGUCGUCAAAGCAUUGGCCAGCACGAAGAAGACUGAUAUUCCGGAAGGUGAGUAAAUAACUACCAAGGGGCGGUUUUUACAGGGUACCGGCUGUGCAUGUGAACG